CGGGGGAAGGGGACUAGCUUACUCGCCAGAGCUGAGCCGAUCUGCAGGGGGCAAUCCUCGCCUGCCAGUGGAAUCACUCUGGUACAUCGCGUCUAUCCCAAGCUGUGCAGUAGAGCCAUACGGCAUUUCCUGCACACGCUAGCACUCGCGUUUAGGCGGAUAGAGAGAGGGGGAGGAGAGAGUGAGCAGAAGGGAGUGCGAGAGAGAGAGAGAGUUAAGCGCAGGGAGCGAGUGAGGUCUUGUGUCUCCCUUGCCGAUAGUAAAUCUAUCUGAUAGCCUACUGAACGCACAUUGGGGUAUGAGAAAAGGAUUGGGGAAACAAUAGAGUGCACGGACCCUUUCAUUCUGUGUUCUAACCAAGAAAAGGCGGCCAGAUUGUGGCUUGGAGAAGGAUUAAGUGUGUUCUGAGAUCAGUAUAAAACGGAUGUGUGCUCCAGUGGCGAGCGAGGACUGAAGUUGGAUUCUGAAACGAUAGGAGGAAAAAACGUUUUUAUUUGUUUCAGCAACAAACAAAACAAGGUGAAGGUGCGACCUCUGUGCCGCCGGUCGCGUUUGAGCACCAUGAUUCUGCCUUGUUGGAUGGCGUUGGCAUUGCUCCCGUCGCUACUGGGGGAGACUGCACUGGGCCAAAGAUGGACUCCCUCCCUAGAGAAGAGGAGACCGGUGGACAUGGAGGGGUCGAGCAACGAUGAAUUUAUUGACGAUGAGGACCUCUUCUCGGGCUCUGGCUCUGGCUUGGUUCCAGAGAUGGAGGUGAGGCCUACAGCUAUGGGCGUUACCUUCACUACAGAAGAGCCUCUCCCUCUGUCCACGACCCAGGCCACCUCCCCGGCCCCCUCCGCCCCGCCCGCCGCCGAGCCCAGCAACACCCCCGUCUGGAGCCCGACUGGGGAGGGCGAAGGGCCGUGGGAGCCUGAGAAAGAGAGAGAGCCAGAGAGAGAAAGGGAAAAAGAGGUAGAAGGAGAGAGGGAACAGGAGAAGGAGAGAGAACGAGAACGAGAGAGAGAGAGGGAGAGGGAACGAGAGAGAGAGAGGGAGAGGGAAAAAGAAAGGGAGCGGGAGAGGGAAAAAGAAAGGGAGAGGGAAAGAGAGAGGGACCGGGAAAGAGAACGAGAGAGGGAGAGGGAACGAGAAAGAGAGAGGGAGCGGGAACGAGAGAGAGACAGGACCAGAGUUCUACUGGCCACAGACUCUCCGAGAUCCCCUGCUGCAGUCCCCAUGGCCACCACCAGCUCUGCCACUACUCCAGCGCAGAGCUCAGUGCCCCCUAGCAGUGUGGAGGACUUCAGCACCGCCAUAGAGGAAGAAGAGGAGGAGGUGGAUGUGUUCAUCCCCGUGGGCCCGACAGAGCCGGUCCCCACCAGCCGAAUUGAGUCCACCACACAGAUCACCACUUCCACCACACCUGUCCCAACAACCACCCUCACCACCACCACCAGUACCCUAGUGCCCUCUACUACAGCCCCACCCACUACCCCGACAGCUGCCCCCACCACUGCCAAACCCAGGACCAGGCCUCCCAGUGCCGACUCGCUGUGGCCACGGGCCCCGAAGACCACGCCCAGCCAGGCCACGCCCACGGAGUCCAGCACACGUCUUCAGACCCCCUCCACAGUGCAGCCUCGUGCUCCGGAGGAGGGGCUCAAUAACGAGGUGGCCGGCGCUGGUCCCAGCGGAGACUUUGAAAUCCGGGAGGAGGACACUCGCUCGCCCAACGAGGUGGUGCAAGGGGGCAAGGUCGCGGUCGAGACGGGGGCGGAGCCAGACCUGAUUGGCAACACGGUGGAUACAGGGAGUUCUGCUGCUCAGCUGCCUCAGAAGAACAUCCUGGAGAGGAAGGAGGUGCUGAUAGCGGUGAUAGUAGGGGGCGUGGUGGGUGCCCUCUUCGCGGCGUUCCUGGUCAUGCUCCUGGUUUACCGCAUGAAGAAGAAGGACGAGGGGAGCUACACCCUGGAGGAACCCAAGCAGGCCACCGUCACCUACCAGAAACCAGACAAGCAGGAGGAGUUCUAUGCAUAACGCUGACAGCCCGAACCCCCCCGUCCCGCCCCCCACCUCCCCCGACCCUCCACCUCCGCUCUCCUGAUCUCCUCUUCUCCUCUUCGCUUCUCUUGUCUCAUCUUCUGAGUUUCUGUCCUCUUUUUGCCCUUCCCCCCCCACCCCCGAGAGUGCCUACAGUAUCUCUCCAUGGACUCUGAGGUUUCGUUUCAACUAAAAAGGAGACACAGGAAGAAAAUGUAAAGCAAGAAAGAAAAAAGAAGUCAAUUCAAACACGUACACAAAAAGUUUCUUUUUUUAGAUAAUUGUUAUUAAUAUUAUAGUAGUUAUUGUUAUAUGAUAUAAUGAAAUGAUUAUUUUGUAAAAAUAAGAUAUACACAAAAACAACACUAGCUCUUUAAUUCUGGUCCCAGCACAGUGCUGCUGUUUUACUUCAUGGAACUGGUGAUGUUCCCGAGAGAAGGGGGGGGGGGUGAUGCAAGCAAGGCAGAGAUAGGCGAAGGAGAAGGAGAGAGAGAAAGAGAAGGAGAGCAGACAGGUUAACGGAGGCGGGAGGCCUUGUUUUCCCUAUGUUGCAGUGGUUGUCCCUCAGCCUGCCUGGUGGGCGAGCGAGCGAGUGAGUGAGUGAGCGAGUGGUCACACAAACAUGGCGGUCACACAGACAUGGACCCUGGAGUCUCCAUGCUGUGCCUUUCAGUCCCCGGUGCUAAUGACGUGGUCUCUGCAGUGAUGGAUAAGGCUCUGUGUGUGUGUGUGUGUGUGUGUGUGUGUGUGCUGCCCCCAGCUCCUGCCGUCCCUGUGUGCUUUUACCAGUACACCUGCACACUGCCUCCCCUCUGCCUCAGCACCACUCUGUGUGUGUGUCACUCUCUCCCACACACACUCACGCACACACGCACACAUAGCCACACACACACACACGCACGCGCAUACAGCCACACACACACGCAUACAGCCACACAGACACACACGCUCACACGCUCUCACACACCCGCGGGGGAGUUAUAAAUGCUCUGUAUGCCAGAUGCUUGUGUGUCAUGGGUGUGGGGAGAGGGAAGAUGGGAGUCACUGUCGGACUGCAAGCCCACCCCUGUGGCCCAGAGCUGAAGUACCCUGCAAGCAGACUCCCCCCCCCUCCCCAAACACACACCUGUGAGCUACCUCCCACUGUCUGCCCUGCUGGUUUGACCCCUGCACCCACGCGCGUGCAGGCCGUACAGUUGGGCCCCUCACGUGAGACUCCCAAACCAGGCCCUAUAUCAUGCCUGACUACGUAUCUCAUGACAACGUAUCUCCUCUCUUGAGAUAAUUAAUUUUCCUUCUGCUCUUUGUAAGGCGUCUUUGUGAUGCUUCUCUGUAAAAAGAAGGCUGAGAAAUUGAACGUGGCGGCCAUUUCGGACGGAAGUAAGCAUUCCUCUUCACGUAAGAGAUUUACAUACGUGAGAAGCAGCGCUCCCGUCUCCGUAGGUACUUCAGCUAAGCUGGCGUUUGCCACCAGGCGUGUGUACAGCAGGCUGAAUGGCCCUGGCCCAAUACUGAGCCUACUGCCGCUCCCCAGCUAGUACCAGAAUCCGUCUUUCUUGUACCAAUUUCUUUUUGUUUUUUGUUUUUUGUUUCUUUUGAGGGGGGGGUCUAGCAGGAAGUUGGUCUUUUGUGCUUCUGUGAGUCCCUCCCGUUUGGGGAUGCAGAUGAGACCCGAGCUUGGGCUGAGCCCAGUGCUCCAGUGUUGUUGUUGUGAGGUUUCCAGAACGUUCUCCAUUUGCUAGGAGUCCCCCGCCUGUCCACACAGUGCCAGAGUUCAGUCACCAUUUCUGUGCUGUAAAAAAUACAUGUAUAAAAAAAAUAUAAUAACAAUGAAAAAAAGUGAUACAUGUGAUCAAUAGUGGUAAUAACGAUCAAUAAUAUAUCAACACUACAUGAAGGAAACAAAGUAUAAUAUAACAGGAGGACAUUUAUAUAGCUGUUUGGUAAAGUUUUAUUGAUGUAAAUAUCUUCAUUUCCUUUGUAUUCUUUUUUUCAUGACUCUACCCGUCUUUUGAUCAUGUGUCUUGGGUGGCAGGGUGGGAACUUCUCCUCUCCCCCUCCCCCCACAGACACACAGACCCGUGCAUAUCACAGGCAUACACACUGAAGAGAGAGCACCAUCAUCAUCAUCAUCAUCACCACCCCAAUCACUAUCAUAGCUGAUAGAGAUACACUAUUAUUCCAUAUCUCUAUCUUGGUAUUUUUUUUUAUUGUUCUUUCAUUGUUGUGUAAAAGCACAAGAUCUUAUUGUUUUGGGGUGUCUUGCUGGUGUUAAGACCUGAAUUCCUGUCACCUUACUGGUUGGCUUCUUCCCUGAUACUGGCCCAGUGCUUAGCCAGCGUUAGUGCAGCGUGUGGAUAACGUUUGGGCAACGUCUGGGUAGUAUUUUGGACAGCGAAAGCUCAGGGGGGUGGUUGGGAGUAACUUUUUUUUUUUCUAUUUUAAAGAUUGUAACAAUAACCAUAACAGUACAGGUGUACUUGUAGCUUAUAUAUCUUAUACUUAGUACUGUAGGCAAAUGCAAGUGUGAGUCAUGUUAUAUCUGUGUGUGUGUGUGUGUGUGUGAGUGUGUGUGUGAGAGAAAGAGAGAUAGAGAAUAGGAGAUGAAGAGUUGGUAUGUGUCUCUUUCUCUAAAGACAUGUGCAAGGACCUACCUGUUAUUACAGGUAUAUGUAUCUGUCCCUUGUGUUGGUGCGCGUGUGUGUCUGUGUGUGUGUGUCUGCCUGUCUGUGUGUGUGUUUGUGUCUAGUGUGCAAGUGUAGAUGGGGGGGUCAUCACCUGGGUGGAAUGUACCUGGAGCAGGUGUGCUUACCUGGUCCAACAGAUCUGAUUCUCUUCCAUUAUCAGGUAGUCGCACCCAAUCCCCCUCACUUCUCUCAUACUGUACUCGUUCAUCUACACUUUACCUGUCCUCUGCGUCCGAGCCUCACACCUGCAUCUACACCGCACCUGUCCUUUAGACUCACUCGUGUCACCUCCACCUGCCCAUAGACUCAUCUGUCUGGGUGCCCACCUCCACCUGCCCAUAGACUCACCUGUCUGGGUGCCCACCUCCACCUGUCCAUAGACUCACCUGUGUAAAUGUACACUGCACCUGUAGACUUCACCUGUCAUGAGUGUCACUCGAGACUAGAGCUACACCUCACUGUGGAAUGUUUUUUUACAGUGUUCACACACUCUUGCAGUGGAUUACUGGUUGUAAUCGGAGGUCUCUGCUCUGUACAGAACUUUGUCGAAUUCACUCACACUUUAGAUAUGAAAAGGAUCAUUUUAUAUACAUUCGCAGAUGUAUGAAUGAUGGUUUUUUUAUUUUAUUUUUUGUGAAUGAACUUCUCUAUAUGUUUGCUGUCUUUUCUAAGGUGAUGUUAAAAACAUAGGUGUUUGUACCCAUGUAAGCCUGAAUAUAGCCAAAUGAGAGGAGAGAGAUUUCUGUCUCUGUGCCACGCCCCAAACAAGGCUUCACUGAGACCGGAAAGGCGAAACGUUCUUUCUAUUUGCCCAUUGUGUUUUUAUACAUUCACAUUUUUAAAAUCUGAGUUGAUUGUUUUAUUGUUUUACUCGUCUGUGGGGGCUCUGCCGGUCCUCAGCGGGCGAGUCCUGUCACUAAUCUGCCACUCUGUUCUAAAUAAAAGGCCUGAUUGGGUACCAC